AUGCAAUCUCUAUUUGAUAUCAAGAAAACAGACGUAGAUUUAUAUUCCAUACUAAACUGUGUGGAUACGAGCUCGCCAGAGCAGAUAAAGGCAGAGUACAAACAUCUUGCUUUAAAGUAUCACCCUGACAAGAGUUUGAAUGACGCAAAAGAAUUUCAAAAGAUCAAAGCAGCAUAUGAAAUAGUUGGAGAUCCUGUGAAUAGAGCCUUGUACGAGCGAUGGAAGUCAAGCAAUCUUAUCAUCCCAUUUUCGGAAUUUGCUCAGAUAGGCACGCAUGCUCAAACUGUACAUUGGCAAGCUCUUCCAGCCCAAAUGACAUUGACCGAAAAUGAUAGCACAAAUACAUCAGACAAAAGCAUCAAAUCAUUGAGAGUACCACAAACAGCCCAACAGCUGUCAAAUAUACCUAUUGAAACCACUGGAUUCUGGAAAAUGAAAUCAUUUAGCAUCCAGGAAAAUCAAUCCUGA